AUGGACGCCAAAACCGUGCAGCGGUUGGAGUCGAUGGGAGCCGGCACGGUGCGGGACCUCCUCUACAUGCUUCCGCGCCGAUACGACGACCGGGCUGACAUCACGAGCAUCGCCGACAUCUACGCCGGCGGGACCUUCACAUUGGAAGGCGAGUUGGUCAAUAUCCGCUCUACCAAUGUCGGCCAGCGCAGGUUGCAGUUGGUGGAGGGGACAUUGCGGGACAACACCGGCGCCAUCGACCUGCAGUGGUUCGGGCAGGCGUUUCUUGCCCGCAGCCUCCAGGCCGGCAGCACGAUGGUCGUGCACGGCAAGGCGGAACUCAAUCGUGGCAGGCUCACCGUCCAAUCUCCCGAAUACGACGUGGUCACCGAAGCUCGCCUCCCCUGA